AUGGAAGCCAUCAUAUAUGGCAAGCCUAUAUUGAAAAGCGUCGAAACGCUAAAGUCGCUGAUCGCAAAUUUCAAAGAAUACGCGCAGCCUCAGAAAUACUCGUCAGACGACUACACCCAAUAUGAAGAGUCACUAAACGCGGUCGAUCUGAUCGGAGGUAGCAUACAGCAAAUUGAGUGCGCAAGAGAUAAGUUGCAGUCGCUCAUAUAUAAAAUGAAGGCUGACUAUGACAUUACGAAAAACAAAGACGAUAGGAAAAUGAUCCUUCAAGAGCUUGAGAAACUUGAAAACGAACAGAAGCUCACAGACGUGAUAAGCGAAGCAACGGAGCUUUCGUAUAUGCUGAGAACACGACUCACAGAAGCUUCCAGCAACGAAAACAGACUUGCUCGCAAACUGGGAAAGUAUCCUAGGGCACAAAGCGCACACACGGAUCCUAAAUUGGAAAAUGCCAAUACGCAGGAAAGCAAUAUGUCGGAUGGCCAAGCGCAUAGACCAGAAGAAUCCCGAAUGCAGCCUAUUAUACACAAAAGGAAGGAACAACAGAACACAAAUGCCAAAGAAAAACGAUGCGUGAUCUGUGAAAAGAGCGGUCACUUCCCUUGGCAGUGCAGAUCCCCAAUUACUGUAGCAGAAAGACGAAAAAUUGCAGUUGAAAAACGCCUGUGCUGGAAGUGCUACUCGAGUGAGCAUUCCAGCAGAGAAUGCACGAGGGAGAACUGUAUGCUAUGCGGCAAACUCCACCACAUCAGACUGUGCUUUUCAACAGAAAAUGCAGGUGAUGCAAACUCCAAUAUUCGUCAAACUCGUAUCAAUCUGAACAGAAGUCCGAAGCGCGACCAGUUGCUCAAGGAAGAGAAGCAGCAGCCGCAGACUAAAACUCCUAUCAGAAAUGGAAACGCUAAUGAAACUCGGAGGCCAAAACUGCCACAGCCAAGA